CUUGCCUCUCUUGCCUCUUUGCUGCCGCUCCGCGCUCUUCGUGCUGUGCGCACGCGGAAAAAGUGAGGUUAGGUUAGGUUAAGGCGUGCGACCCAGCUGGCAUUGACGGACGAUCGCACCAGCGAUUGCGAGCGAUGUCGGGCAAGACCAGGGGCAAGAGCAAGAGCAGCGAUGCGAUCGAGAACGGGACGGCUGACGAUGUCGCGACGAAGAUCGCAGACGUGGAGCUCAACGAGGAGGUGCCAAGCAAGAAGCUCACGCACAAGGAGAAGAAAAAACUGAAGAAGCAGCAGGAGUAUGAGCGAACGAUGGAGAUGCUGACGAAGGCGGGUGGGCAGGGUCACAGCGAGCUCGAGACCAACUUCACGAUCUCGCAGAGCCAGACACAGCAGCGCGGCAAUCAGCAGCUGGAUAACGCGGUCGACAUCAAGGUAGAGAACUUUAGCAUAGCGGCCAAGGGCAAGGAGCUCUUCACCAACGCCAGUCUGCUCAUAGCGCAGGGCAGGCGAUACGGCCUUGUGGGACCGAACGGCCAUGGUAAAACUACUUUGCUCCGCCAUAUAGCCAAAAGAGCCUUCAAUAUUCCACCCACGAUAGAUGUCCUGUAUUGUGAACAAGAAGUUAUAGCGGAUGACACUCCGGCUGUAGAAGUGGUGCUCAAUGCUGAUGUCAAGUGCAAAGAGCUUCAGGCAGAAUGCAAGAAGUUGGAGGAGUUGACAGAGCAGGGGGAUACGACUGUGCAGAACAGAUUGCAAGAGGUAUACGAUGAAUUAAAGGCCAUUGGAGCAGACUCGGCGGAGCCGCGUGCCAGGCGGAUUCUUGCCGGUUUGGGAUUCAAUCGUGCAAUGCAGAAUCGCGCAACGAAGAAUUUCUCUGGUGGUUGGCGAAUGCGUGUUUCGCUUGCGAGAGCACUUUUCUUAGAACCCACGUUGUUACUAUUGGACGAACCUACUAAUCAUUUAGAUUUGAAUGCGGUGAUCUGGCUGGACAACUACUUACAAGGCUGGAAAAAGACUCUGCUGGUCGUAUCUCAUGACCAGAGUUUCUUGGACAAUGUGUGCACGGACGUGAUACAUCUGGAUCAGCAAAAACUGUAUUAUUACAAGGGAAAUUACAGCAUGUUUAAAAAGAUGUACGUGCAGAAAAGAAAGGAAAUGGUAAAGGCAUACGAGAAGCAGGAAAAGCGCCUGAAGGAUCUUAAAGCGGCUGGACAAAGUAAAAAACAGGCCGAGAAGAAGCAAAAGGAGGCGCUCACGAGGAAACAAGAAAAGAAUCGAACAAAAAUGCAGAAACAAGAGGAAGAUACUGGACCUACGGAACUAUUGCAGAGACCAAGGGAAUAUGUGGUGAAAUUUACUUUUCCAGAUCCUCCGCCAUUACAACCUCCAAUUCUUGGUCUUCAAAAUGUAACAUUUGGGUACGAAGGACAGAAGCCAUUGUUCAUCGACGCGGACUUUGGUAUAGACUUAAGUUCCCGAGUAGCAAUACUAGGCCCCAACGGUGUCGGUAAAUCUACUUUCCUGAAAUUACUGAUGAGCGAUAUAACACCUCAGAAGGGAGAAAUCACAAAGAAUCACCGAUUGAGGAUAGGAAGGUUUGAUCAGCAUUCUGGCGAGCACUUGACUGCCGAAGAGACUCCGGCGGAAUACUUGAUGCGACUAUUCGAUCUACCAUACGAAAAGGCGCGCAAGCAGCUAGGCACUUUUGGCCUCAGCUCUCACGCACAUACUAUCAAGAUGAAGGACUUAUCGGGCGGUCAAAAGGCGCGCGUCGCGUUGGCCGAACUCUGUUUAAACGCGCCGGAUGUACUAAUCUUGGACGAGCCAACUAACAAUCUCGACAUAGAAUCCAUCGACGCAUUAGCAGACGCCAUCAAUGAAUAUAAGGGCGGUGUUAUCAUCGUCUCGCACGACGAACGGCUGAUUCGGGACACAGAGUGCUGUCUCUAUGUGAUUGAGAAUCAGCAGAUCAACGCUAUCGACGGCGAUUUCGAUGAUUAUAGAAAAGAAUUGCUCGAGAGUCUGGGAGAAGUCAUCAACAACCCUAGCAUAGCCGCGAACGCUGCCGUUCUACAAUAAUUGUCGACCAAUUAGCGUAAUUGACACAUUUUUGUGGCCUGUAAUAACAGGCUUGUUCUUUUUAGCUGAACUUGCAAGUCGGAGAAAAAAAGAGAAGAAAUGAAUUGUGCAAGAAGUUCCGCUAAAACGGACAGACCUAAUGUAAAAGCGAUCAUACUAGAUUGCAAUUGAAGCCUUCGUAUGGACAUCUGUUUGUCCUAAAAGCGCCGGAACCGAAUUUUGUAUUAUAAAUAUCGUGCAACUGAGUGUAAAAAAGAAAGAAUAAAUUGUUAACAACAUAGA